UGUACCCGGUCCCAGAACUAACCUGGCUGCCCUCUUCUUUCUCCGAUCCUGUCUCUCCCACGACUGGCCGGCCGGCCGGUCCUCCAGCUCAUCAUCGCUCUCGACUAGGAGUAUAUAGCUAGCCGCCCUGCACCUGCAAGCUCCAUCUCUUGCUCGCUCUAGCUCACUCCGCAUCCGAAGCAUAGUGACCUGGGCGACCGGCCGGCCGACCAACAACCGACAGCAGGAUGAUGGUGGUUGGAUAGCGUCGGCGGCUGCGUGCAUGUAUGCAUGGCUUGAAAAGAUGCGCGCCGAUCUCCUCGCAUCUCACCGGCGGCGGCGGCGGCGGCAGCAGCAGCAGCAGGGAGAACGAAACUACGCUGCUCCAUCCAUCCAUUCAAUCAGAUCACUGGAGUGUUUAUUUGGUCGCCGUCGAUUAAGGAUGGAUAUACUGCUGUUUUGAUGGUUACAUCGUCUCACGCAUGCAACUGCACAUCAUUUAAUAAAUCUCUGAAAGUUCUAGCUCGUCUCAGGGACGAUAGACUAAAUUAGAACAUUUGUGAAUCAUGAUCAACCCUAAUGGCUAAUGGGUCUACAUACCGUACCUCUGGUCACAUCGAAGCUCAAAGGUGCUCAAAGGGUCUCUUUGAAAAUAUUUUAUUUAUUAAAGUUGUUUAGAUAUCAAAAUAGUUAACCAAGGUAUCGAGCAAUAGGACUAAAAAAAAUAAAGUUAUUCAUUGCAUUUGUAGUAAUGAUGGUAAGGAGAGAUCGCGUGAAAUAUAGAGAGAGCGGAAGCCCUGAAAACCAUGGAACCUCUUGACAAAAUCUUCAGGUUUCGUUGGCCUUGAUUCAAAGCACUUCCCUGUUUGUAUUUUUAACUGAUCUAAGGGAACGAGAAAAAAACGGUGUAGCUGGUAUUAGGCCGAGUUAAACCAGCUAGUGGCGUAGGACAGAUUAAAGCUGAGGCGUGGCGCAGCUGAGCCAGACAUAGCUCCAAGCUUCGUUUCAUGGCUGAAGUGUGGAGAAAAAUGCUGAAGAAAUCUGACAAAUAGAUGAGGACGAGAUACUCCUAGCAAACCAAGGUAUGGCGGCGGUAUAUAUAUACAUGUUGAGAUCAGCUGGUCAAGUCUGACGAAGGACCAAGCCAUAUCGCAUAUGCAAGAGAACACUGGAGAUAGCGAAGAAAAUACACUUGACCAUAAGAUGAGACUCACGACACGAGGCCCUCCAUAUAGUGCAUUUACAUGGUCGUUUGGUCCGAAUAAAGAGAAACGGUAGGUGAUCCACUGUCAAGUACUGAUGAAGAGCAUCAACGAGACUACAAUAUUGUGCAGGAUCAGCAACAUAUGCAUGGUUUAUUGGUUUUAUACACAGAAUCUCAUCAUAGCGGUAACGAAAAAACCCGUACAGUUCAGCACAACAUGCUCAUCAAUACACAAAGUAGAAAAUUGUGCUGCGCGUGCGCUACUCUAUUUCAUUGAUUUACUCACUCUCUUUGCACACUCAUCACAGAGUAAGGUAAGGCAAGAAAUUGACCUAGUACCUCAUGUUGACCAUCUUGAGCUUUAAAAGCAGCGUUCCGGCCGGAGGGCAAGCCGAGAGGGGGCCAGCCACCGCCAUCGUUUCCUCGAAGCGGCGCACGUGAAUGCCGUCGUCGCUGACAUCACCGCCAGGCGGGAGGACGACGACGGCUCACCUCGUCCCCGGCCGGCACAAGUGCCAUGACCCAAGCACGCCGAGGGGCUUCUGCGCCAAGUACUUCUCCGUGGAGUCGUGCCUCCUGCUCGCGCUCAUCACCGUGCUGCUGCUGGUGCUCCCGCUCGUCCUGCCACCGCUCCCGCCGCCGCCGCUGGCGGUGCUGCUCGUGCCGGUGGCGCUGAUGGCGGUGCUGCUGGCGCUGGCGCUCACGCCGGCGGCCGGUGGCCGGAACGAGGUCGUGGACCCGGCGUCCUACUUAUAGUACGUCUUGUAGAUUGAUGUGAAUUACAAGAAAAUUUUUGAGGGGACAAAGGUUUUGAUUCGAGUGUACGUUGGAUCGAUUUCAAACGCAUAUUGAGGAUGUUCUUUUGUUAGUUUUCUCUUCGUUAGAUGCUUGUAACUUUAUAUGGUCUCCGUCUAUGUUUGUCUAGUAUUUUGUUUUAUUUUUGACUUGA